AGCCUCAGCUCCCGUAGGUGGCUGAACUGCUUGCUGGGGAGGCGGGUGAGCCUCGGGGCUGAGUGUUGCUCUCGGCGGCAUCCUUCUCGGGUCCACCUCCCCCCCACCUCCUCCAGCUCAGCUCUCGGCAGAGCAGCCCGCGUUUUCCCGUGUCUGCGCGUCCCGGCUCCCGGCGCCGCAGCCUGGGAUUUGCCCGAGAGCAGGUUCUUGGAUGGUGAAGGCUGGGCUCCUCCUGCGAGAGUGCCGCGGCGGCGAUGAGUGUCCUCAAAGCGUGGCUCGGGGUGGCCCUAGCGCUGGCGGAAUUUGCAGUAUUGCCUCAUUGCGAAGGUGCUUGUCUCUAUCAGGGUUCCUUGCUUGCGGAUGCGACAAUUUGGAAGCCUGAUUCAUGCCAGAACUGUCGUUGCCAUGGUGAUAUUGUGAUCUGCAAACCUGUUGUUUGCAAAAACCCUCGGUGUGCCUUUGCGAAGGGAGAAGUGCUGCAGAUCGGCCCCAACCAGUGCUGCCCGCAGUGUGCACCGAGGACUCCUGGCUCUUGUCACCAUGAGGGAAAAAUCCAUGAGCACGGCACAGAGUGGAACUCGGCCCCAUGCACUGUGUGCUCCUGCACUCAUGGAGAGGUGAGGUGCUCCCACCAACAGUGCUCUCCCUUAUCGUGUGGACCGCAGGAGCUGGAAUUCCUUGCCGAAGGAGGCUGCUGCCCCAUCUGUGUGGGAGCAGGAAAACCCUGUUCCUACGAUGGCCAUAUAUAUCAGGACAGAGAGGAGUGGCGACUGAGCCGCUGUGCCAAGUGCGUGUGCAGGAAUGGCCUCACCCAGUGCUUCACAGCUCAGUGUCAACCUCUUUUUUGUGACCAGGAUGAAAUCGUCGUCCGAGUCCCUGGAAAAUGCUGUCCUCAGUGCUCAGCACGAUCCUGUUCUGCAGCUGGCCAAGUGUACGAGCAUGGUGAACAGUGGAAAGAAGACGCCUGCACCCUGUGCGUGUGUGACCGGGGAGAGGUCAGGUGUCACAAACAGGCCUGCCCUCCGCUGAAAUGCGAAAAGGGUCAAAGCAGAGCCCGGCCUCAUGGGCACUGCUGUGAAGAAUGUGUGUCUCCUGCCAGAAGCUGCUUGGCCGGUGGGAUCCUGCGGUACCCGGAUGAAAUGUGGAAAGGCUCGGCCUGUGAGUUCUGCGUGUGUGACCAGGGCCAAGUGACCUGCCAGAUGGGAGAGUGUGCCAAAGUGGCCUGUGGCCUGGGUGAAGAAUUAGUUCACUUAGAGGGAAAGUGCUGCCCAGAAUGCAUUUCAAGGAAGGGUUAUUGUGUUUACGAACAGAAGGCAGAAAUUAUGUCUUCAAAUGCAAGUGAAGUUAAGCAUAUUCCAGACGGGGAGAAGUGGGAAGAAGGCCAUUGCAAGGUCUGUGAAUGCCAGCAGGCUCAGGUCACGUGCUAUGAGCCAUCCUGCCCGCCAUGUCCAGCGGCCACCCUAGCCCUGGUGGUGAAGGGACGGUGCUGUCCGGACUGCACACCAGUUCAUUGCCACUCGGACUGCUUGACCUGCUCUCACUCUCCAGACCACUGUGACCUCUGCCAGGAUCCCACAAAGCUGCUGCAGAACGGGCGAUGUGUGCACAGCUGUGGGCUGGGCUUUUACCAAGCAGGCGGUGUCUGUUUAGCCUGCCAGCCCCAGUGCUCCGCGUGCACCAGUGGACUGGAGUGUUCAUCUUGCCUGCCUCCUCUGCUGAUGAAGCAGGGACAGUGUGUGUCUACCUGUGGGGACGGCUUCUACCAAGACCGCCACUCCUGUGCAGUCUGUCACAAGUCCUGUGCAGCUUGCUGGGGUCCCACGGAGAAGCACUGUGUGGCCUGCAGAGACCCACUGCACGUGCUGAGAGACGGCAGCUGUGAGAGAACCUGUGGGGGCGGCUUCUACAACAAGCAGGGGACCUGUCUAGCUUGUGACCAAUCCUGUAAGAGCUGUGGCCCCAGUAGUCCCAGAUGUCUUACCUGCGCUGAGAAGACAGUGCUGCAUGACGGGAAAUGCAUUUCGGAGUGCCCUGAUGGAUACUAUGCUGAUGCUACGGGAAGAUGCAAAGUUUGUCACGACUCGUGUGCCAGCUGCUCUGGACCUGCAGCUUCUCACUGUACAGCCUGCACCCAGCCCCAUGUUCUCCAUCAAGGUCAUUGCCUGCCAAGCUGUGGAGAGGGCUUCUAUCCCGACCGCGGGGUCUGUGAAGCCUGCCAUGCCUCCUGCCACACUUGUGUGGGCCCCGAGCCCUCUCACUGUAUGGAGUGUAAGAAGCCAGAGGCAGGACUACGGGUGGAGCAUUACUCCGGGGCAAAUGUCCCUUAUGGCGAGUGUGUGCCCCAGUGUGGAACCCACUUUUACUUGGAGAGCAAUGGACGGUGUGAAGCUUGCCACCCAUCCUGCCUCAUGUGUGCAGGGAAGUCCCCUCACAGCUGCACGGUCUGUGGGUCUGCCCGUGUGCUACUAGCUGGGCAGUGCCUUUCCCAGUGUCCAGAGACCCACUUUAACCUGGAAGGGACCUGUACCGAGUGCCACCCAUCCUGCAGGCAGUGCCAUGGGCCCCUGGAAUCGGACUGUGUCUCCUGUCACCCCCACCUCAUUCUCACCAAGGGGCGCUGUAAGACCAGCUGCAAGGAAGAGCAGUUCCUGAACUUGGUUGGGUACUGUGCUGACUGCCACUCUCUGUGCCAGCACUGCGUGGCUAGCCUCCACGACACCGGUAGUGUCUGCCUAAAGUGCCAGCAUGCCCGUCACCUGCUGCUCGGGGAUCACUGUGUGGCUGACUGCCCUCCUGGACACUAUGCAGAGAGGGGUGCUUGUAAAAGAUGCCAUUCUUCCUGCAGAAGCUGUCAGAAUGGAGGACCCUUCUCCUGCUCCUCCUGUGACGUCGGUCUGGUUCUGACCCACAUUGGUACCUGCAGCGUCACCUGCUUCCCUGGGUAUUACCUGGAUGAUAACCAGGCUUGCCAGCCAUGCAACACGCAUUGCAGAAGCUGUGAUUCACAGGGCGCCUGCACCUCCUGCCGAGACCCAAGCAAGGUCCUGCUCUUUGGGGAAUGCCAGUACGAGAGCUGUGCCCCCCAGUACUACCUCGACAUCCCCACCAAGACUUGCAGAGAGUGUGACUGGAGUUGCAAUGCUUGCAGCGGGCCUCUUCGGACAGACUGCCUGCAAUGCAUGGAUGACUAUGUGCUCCAGGAUGGCGUGUGCAUGGGGCAGUGCUCACCGGGCCACUACCGGGACGCAGGUUUCUGUAAGCGGUGCAACAGCCACUGUCUCCAGUGCCAGGGUCCCCAUGAGUGCACACACUGCGAAGAGCCAUUUCUCCUCUUCCAAGCCCAGUGCAUCCAAGAAUGCGGGAACGGAUACUUUGCAGAUCAUGCGAAACACAAAUGCACAGCCUGUCCUCAGGGAUGCUUGCAGUGCAGCCACCGAGACCGGUGUCACUUAUGUGGCCGUGGCUUCUUUCUGAAGAGUGGUCUCUGCAUGCCCACCUGUGUCCCCGGUUUCUCUGGCCACUCAUCUAAUGAAACCUGUGCUGACAAAAUGUACACCCCAAGUCUUCACGUGAAUGGCACCUUGACCCUUGGUAUUGGUUCAAUGAAGCCCCUGGACUUUUCUCUCCUGAACGUUCAGCACCAGGACGGCAGAGUGGAAGACCUGCUGUUCCACGUUGUCAGCACGCCCACCAAUGGCCAGCUGCUGCUCUCGAGAAACAGCAAAGAGGUCCAGCUGGAAAAGGCCGGCCACUUUAGCUGGGAAGACGUCAAUGCAAAGGAAGUACGCUUUGUCCACAGCAGAGAGAAGCCCAGGAAAGGCUACUUUUCCUUGAAAAUUAGCGACCAGCAGUUCUUCUCUGAGCCACAGCUGAUCAACAUACACGCCUUUUCAACUCAGGCCCCCUAUGUGCUGAGAAACGAGGUUCUCCACAUCAGCAAAGGCGAGCAGGCAGCCAUCACCACCCAGCUGCUUGACAUCCGGGAUGAUGACAACCCACAGGAUGUGGUCGUGAACGUGCUCGAUCCUCCGCUUCAUGGCCAAUUGCUCCAGACGCUUCCAGCCCCUGCGGCCCCGAUCUAUCAGUUCCACCUGGAUGAACUCUCCAGGGGUCUCCUCCUCUAUGCUCACGAUGGCUCAGACAGCACAUCUGAUGUUGUGGUCUUGCAGGCCAAUGAUGGACACUCCUUCCAAAAUAUACUGUUCCGUGUGAAGAAUGUGCCCAAGAAUGAUGGAGUUUUGCGGCUUGUGACCAACUCUAUGGUGUGGGUUCCCCAAGGGGGGAUGCUGAAGAUCACCAACCGAAUCCUGCAGGCUCAAGCUCCUGGGGUCAGAGCCGAGGAUAUCAUCUACAAGAUCACGCAUGACCACCCGCGGUUUGGGGAGGUGGUCCUCCUGAUGAAUCUGCCAGCAGACAGCCCCGCCAGUCCUGCCGAGGAAGGACAGCACCUGCCUGAUGGAAGGAUGGCAACCCCCUCCAGCACCUUCACACAGCAGGACAUUGACGACGGCAUAGUGUGGUACAGACACUCGGGAGCCCCGGCCCAGAGUGACGCCUUCCGCUUCCAGGUGUCUAGUGCCACUGAUGCCCAGGCCCACUUGGAAAAUCACAUGUUCAACAUUGCAGUCUUACCUCAGGCACCCGAGGCACCUAAACUCUCCCUGGGGACAUCUCUCCAUAUGACCGCUCGGGAAGAUGGUCUCACCGUCAUUCAGCCUCACUCCCUGUCCUUCGUGAACUCGGAGAGUCCCGCCGGGAAGAUUAUAUACAAUAUCACCGCACCUCUGCAUCCAAAUCAAGGUAUCAUUGAGCACAGAGACCGACCUCACUCUCCCAUCGGGUCUUUCACUCAGGAAGAUAUUAACCAGGGCAAAAUCAUGUACCGUCCUCCUGCUGCGGCCCCCCACCUCCAGGAGAUCAUGGCCUACUCCUUCGUCGGUCUCCCAGAAUCAGUGAAAUUUUACUUCACAGUUUCUGAUGGACAGCACACAAGCCCAGAGACGGCCCUCACCAUUCACUUACUUGGCUCUGAUCGUCAACCGCCAGCAUUUCAGGUCAGGGCUCCGCUGCUGGAGGUUAGCCCCGGAGGCCGAACCUCUCUAGGCCUGCAGUUGGUAGCCACAGAUGCUCGGGUGAUACCCGAAGAGCUCUUCUUCCAGCUGCAGAAGCCUCCACAGCAUGGCUCUCUCCUCAAGUCCACGGCAGAGUCCUCGGGGCCCAUGGCUGCAGGUGACACCUUCACGUAUGAGGAGGUCGAGAGAAAAGCCCUGCAGUACAUGCAUGACGGGUCCUCUGCCUGGGAGGACAGCAUGAGGAUCUCAGUCACGGACGGCCUGACUGUGACAACUUCCGAAGUGAAAGUGGAGGUGUCGCCGUCAGAGGCCCGAGGGCCGCGGCUGGCCCCUGGUUCCUCCCUGAGCAUGACUGUUGCCAGUCAACGGACGGCCGUAAUCACCAGGGCAAACCUUGCCUAUGUGGACGAUUCUUCCCCUGACGCAGAGAUCUGGAUUCAGCUAAGUUCUCUGCCCAUGUACGGUGUGCUCUUAAAGACUUCGGGACCUGAUGUGGAGGAGCUCUCAGAGGAUUCCAAUUUCACCAUGGAGGACAUCAACAGCAAGAACGUUAGAUACUCAGCUGUGUUUGAGACGGAAGAGCAUCUGGUUAUGGACCGCUUCCACUUCUCUGUGUCAGACAUGGACGACAACCGUGUGGACAACCAGGUCUUUACCAUCACGGUCACUCCUGCCAAGAGUCCACCACACAUCAUCGCUUUUGCUGACCUUAUCACGGUCGAUGAGGGUGGUAGAGCACCGCUCUCCCUCCACCAUUUCUUCGCCACUGAUGAUCACGACAACCUUCACGGUGAUGCUGUCAUUAAACUGAGUGCUCUGCCCAAGUACGGCUGCAUUGAGAACACAGGAACAGGGGAUCGCUUUGGUCCAGGAGCCACCAGUGACCCAGAGGCAUCGUUCCCUAUUCAAGAUGUCCUGGAAAACUACAUUUACUACUUUCAGAGUGUUCAUGAAAGCAUUGAGCCGACACAUGAUGUGUUUAGCUUUUAUGUGAGCGAUGGAAACAGUCGCUCUGAAAUUCACAGCAUCAAUAUCACCAUUGAGAGGAAGAACGAUGAGCCUCCCAGGAUGACCCUUUGGCCGCUCAGAGUGCGGCUGAGCUCAGGAGUGGUGAUAAGCAAUUCUUCCUUGAGCCUACGAGACCUGGACACCCCAGAUAACGAGCUGAUUUUUGUAUUGAUGAAAAAGCCUGACCACGGUCACCUACUCCGGAGGCACACCGCUUCUGACCCUCUAGAGAAUGGGACUGUUCUAGACCAAGGCUCCUCUUUCACCUACCAGGAUGUCCUGGCUGGGCUGGUCGGGUACUUACCUGGUGACAAUGAUAUGGCGGUAGAUGAGUUUCGGUUCUCUCUCACUGAUGGCCUCCAUGUAGAUGCGGGGAGGAUGGAGAUCUACAUAGAACUGCCUACAGGAGACACGCCCCACUUGACAAUAAACCGAGGACUUCAGCUCUCGGCAGGGUCUGUAGCACGCAUCUCAGAGCGGGACUUGAAAGCGACAGAUGCUGACUCAGAUGACGGCCAGGUUAUAUACAUCAUGAAGGAAGACCCUGGUGCAGGGCGCCUGCAGAUGGCGAAGCCUGAACCCCCGGAGCAAAUCUCUGUUAGAGGCCCCAUCCGCAGCUUCAGCCAGGCAGACGUUAACCAAGGGCACAUAGAGUACAGCCACACACCAGGAGAACAUGGUGGGAGCUUUGCUUUUAAAUUUGAUGUGGUUGAUGGAGAAGGCAAUAAGUUGGCUGACCAGUCAUUCGCCAUCAGUGUUUUAGAAGCCAAAUCCCUACCGGUCAUCACCACCAAUAAAGGGCUGGUCCUGGAUGAGAACUCAAUGAAGAAAAUCAGUACUGCAGAGCUCUCAGCUACUGAUGAGGAUAGUGAGCCUGCAGAGCUGAUCUACAGAAUCACCGCCCAACCCCAGCUGGGCCGCCUGGAGCAUGUGGCAUCACCAGGCAUCCAGAUUAGUUCCUUUACUCAAGCAGACCUGACUUCAGGAAGUGUUCAGUAUGUCCAUUCCGGUGAGCCCGGGAAGCACUCGGACGUCUUCAGCUUUGUGCUGUCUGACGGCGUGCAUGAGGUGAUGCAGACCUUCCACAUCACUAUCCACCCUGUGGAUGAAUCACUGCCCCUUGUGCAGAACCGGGGCAUGCGUGUGCAGGAGGGCGUGAGGAAGACCAUCACAGAGUUUGAGCUGAAGGCAGUGGAUGCGGACACAGAGGCUGAGUCUAUCACCUUCAACAUCAUGCAGCCCCCACGCCAUGGCACCAUCGAGAGAGUUGCCAGGGGGCAACGUUUCCUCCUCACCUCCUCCUUCACUAUGGAAGACAUCUACCAGAACCGUGUCAGCUACAGCCAUGAUGGCAGCAACUCCCUCACAGACAGGUUUACCUUCACUGUGUCUGAUGGGACCAACCCCUUCUUUAUCAUUGAGGAAGGAGGGAAAGAGAUUAUGACUGCAGCACCUCAGCAGUUCCACGUGGACAUCCUCCCAGUGGACGAUGGCACCCCUAGAAUUGUCGCCAACCUGGGUCUGCAGUGGCUGGAGUAUAUGGAUGGCAAGGCAACCAACCUGAUCACCAAGAAGGAACUGCUGACCAUGGACCCGGAUACAGAGGACUCGCAGCUUGUCUAUGAGAUCACCAUGGGCCCAAUGCAUGGCUACGUGGAGAACAAGCUGCAGCCAGGCCAAGCUGCAGCCACCUUCACCCAGGAGGAUGUGAACUUGGGGGUGAUUCGUUAUGUGUUGCAUGAGGAGAAAAUCCAGAAAGUCAUGGAUAGUUUUCAGUUUCUGGUGAAAGACAGUAAACCCAAUGUGGUCAGUGACAAUAUCUUCCAUAUCCAGUGGUCUGUCAUCAGCUUCAAAUAUACCAGCUAUAAUGUCAGUGAGAAGGCCGGAUCUGUCAGUGUCACGGUGCAGAGGACUGGAAACCUGAACCAGUAUGCCAUUGUCCUGUGUCGCACCGAACAAGGCACAGCCAGCUCCAGCUCCAGGGUCAGCUCUCAUCCCGGACAGCAGGAUUACAUGGAGUAUGCUGGUCAGGUGCAGUUCGAUGAGCGAGAGGACACAAAGUCCUGCACCAUCGUCAUCAAUGAUGAUGACGUGUUUGAGAAUUUUGAGAGUUUCACUGUGGAGCUCAGCAUGCCAGCCUAUGCCCUGCUGGGCAAGUUCACCCAGGCGAAGGUCAUUAUCAAUGACACGGAGGAUGAGCCCACCCUAGAGUUUGAUAAGAAGACCUACCGGGUCAACGAGAGCGCUGGGUUUCUCUUUGCACCUAUUGAGAGAAAAGGAGACUCAAGCAGCAUUGUGUCUGCUGUUUGCUACACGGUCCCCAAAUCGGCUAUGGGAAGUAGUCUCUACGCUCUGGAAUCAGGUUCCGAUUUCAAGUCCAGAGGGCGGUCUGCAGAGAGUCGUGUGAUAUUCGGACCCGGUGUCACCAUGUCCACCUGUGAUGUCAUGGUCAUUGAUGACAGCGAGUAUGAAGAGGAAGAGGAGUUUGAGAUCGCCCUGGCUGAUGCUUCUGACAAUACCCGCAUUGGAAGGCUGGCAGUGGCCAAGGUGCUCAUUAGUGGGCCCAAUGAUGCCUCAACUGUCUCCUUGGGCAACACGGCUUUCACGAUCAGUGAGGAUGCAGGCACAGUGAAGAUUCCAGUCAUCCGCCACGGCACUGACCUUUCCACCUUCACAUCUGUCUGGUGUGCAACACGACCCUCAGACCCAGCUUCUGCCACUCCAGGAGUUGACUAUGUCCCAAGCUCAAGGAAGGUGGAGUUUGGGCCAGGUAUCACUGAGCAGUACUGCACCUUGACUAUCUUGGAUGAUACACAAUACCCAGUGAUUGAAGGACUGGAGACUUUUGUGGUUUUCCUCAGCUCAGCACAAGGAGCAGAACUGACCAAACCCUUUCAGGCUGUCAUUGCAAUUAACGACACAUUCCAAGACGUUCCCAGCAUGCAGUUUGCCAAGGAUUUGCUUCUGGUGAAGGAGAAGGAGGGUGUCCUGCACGUUCCUGUCGUCCGGAGUGGGGACCUGAGCUAUGAGUCAUCCGUGAGGUGCUACACUCAGAGCCACUCUGCUCAGGUCAUGGAGGACUUUGAGGAGAGAAGGGAUGCAGACUCUUCCAGGAUUACAUUCCUGAAAGGGGAGAAGGUGAAGAACUGCACUGUCUACAUCCAUGAUGACUCCAUGUUUGAGCCUGAGGAGCAGUUCAGGGUCCAUCUUGGCCAUCCUCUCGGGAACCACUGGAGUGGAGCCAGAGUCGGGAAGAUCAGCGUGGCCACUGUCACCAUAUCCAAUGACGAAGAUGCCCCUACCAUUGAAUUUGAAGAGGCUGCUUACCAAGUCCGGGAACCUGCGGGGCCAGAUGCCAUUGCAGUUCUGAGCAUCAAGGUCAUCCGCAGAGGUGAUCAGAACAGGACUUCAAAGAUCCGCUGUAGCACGCGCGAUGGCUCUGCCCAGUCUGGUGUGGAUUACCACCCCAAGAGCCGAGUCUUGAAAUUCAGUCCUGGUGUGGAUCAUAUCUUCUUCAAAGUCGAGAUCCUGUCCAACGAAGAUCGAGAAUGGCAUGAAUCCUUUUCUCUAGUCCUUGGCCCAGAUGAUCCCGUGGAAGCAGUGCUUGGGGACGUGACCACUACCACUGUGACGAUUCUAGACCAAGAGGCCGCAGGAAGUCUCAUAUUGCCGGCACCACCCAUUGUCGUCACCCUCGCUGACUAUGAUCAUGUGGAAGAGGUUUCAAAGGAAGGCGUCAAGAAAGCCCCGUCUCCUGGCUACCCGCUGGUCUGUGUCACGCCCUGUGACCCCCACUUCCCUAGGUAUGCCGUCAUGAAGGACCGCUGCAGCGAGGCUGGCAUCAACCAAACAUCUGUGCAGUUCAGCUGGGAAGUGGCAGCGCCCACGGAUGGCAACGGGGCCCGGUCUCCCUUUGAGACCAUCACUGAUAACACACCGUUCACCAGCGUCAACCAUAAGGUUCUAGACAGCAUUUACUUCAGCCGGAGGUUCCAUGUGCGUUGUGUGGCAAAGGCUGUGGACAAGGUGGGCCAUGUAGGGACCCCCUUGAGGAGCAAUGUUGUUACCAUUGGAACAGACAGUGCUAUCUGCCACACCCCAGUGGUCGCUGGGACAGCUCGAGGCUUCCAGGCACAGUCCUUCAUUGCCACCUUGAAAUACCUGGACGUCAAACACAAAGAGCAUCCUAACAGAAUCCACAUUUCCGUGCAGAUCCCCCACCAGGACGGGAUGUUGCCUCUCAUCUCCACCAUGCCCCUGCACAACCUUCACUUCCUGCUGUCGGAGUCCAUCUACAGACACCAGCACGUCUGCUCCAAUCUAGUCACCGCCCGUGACCUGCGAGGACUCUCGGAGGCAGGGUUCCUGGAUGAUGCAGGUUUCCACAGCACUGCCCUGGGCCCCGGCUAUGACCGCCCCUUCCAGUUUGACCCAAGCGUCCGGGAGACUAAGACCAUCCAGCUGUACAGACACUUGAACCUGAAGAGCUGCGUGUGGACCUUCGAUGCAUUCUAUGACAUGACCGAGCUGAUUGACGUGUGCGGGGGCUCCGUGACUGCAGACUUCCAGGUGAGGGAUUCGGCACAGUCGUUCCUAACAGUGCACGUGCCUCUCUAUGUGUCCUACAUCUAUGUGACAGCCCCCAGGGGCUGGGCCUCCUUGGAGCACCACACGGAGAUGGAAUUCUCUUUCUUCUAUGACACGGUUCUCUGGAGGACAGGCAUCCAGACAGACAGUGUGCUCUCGGCAAGGCUUCAGAUCAUAAGAAUCUACAUCAGAGAGGAUGGCCGUCUCGUCAUUGAGUUCAAGACCCAUGCCAAAUUCAGGGGACAGUUCGUGAUGGAGCACCACACUCUCCCAGAUGUGAAGUCUUUCAUAUUGACUCCAGACCACCUAGGAGGAAUUGAGUUUGACCUGCAACUCUUAUGGAGUGCUCAGACAUUUGAUUCCCCACAUCAACUCUGGAGAGCCACAAGCUCUUACAACAGGAAGGACUACUCGGGGGAAUACACCAUCUAUCUGAUCCCUUGCACCGUGCAGCCCACACAGCCGUGGGUGGACCCGGGAGAGAAGCCUUUGGCCUGCACUGCACAUGCCCCAGAGAGGUUCCUGAUCCCCAUUGCGUUCCAGCAGACCAACCGCCCCGUGCCGGUCGUGUAUUCGCUCAACACUGAGUUUCAGCUCUGCAAUAACGAGAAGGUGUUCCUGAUGGACCCCAACACGUCUGACUUGUCACUGGCAGAAAUGGAUUACAAAGGAGCCUUUUCCAAAGGGCAGAUCCUCUACGGCCGAGUCCUUUGGAACCCAGAACAAAGCCUCCACUCUGCUUACAAGCUGCAGCUGGAGAAAGUCUAUCUCUGCACUGGCAAGGACGGCUAUGUGCCUUUCUUUGACCCCACGGGGACAAUCUACAACGAAGGACCCCAGUACGGAUGCAUUCAGCCAAACAAGCACCUGAAGCACAGAUUCCUCCUGCUGGACCGCAGCCAGCCGGAGGUCACCGACAAGUACUUCCACGAUGUGCCUUUUGAGGCCCACUUUGCUUCUGAGUUGCCUGAGUUCCAUGUGGUCAGUAGCAUGCCAGGUGUGGAUGGAUUCACCCUCAAAGUAGACGCCCUCUAUAAGGUGGAAGCGGGGCACCAGUGGUAUCUCCAGGUGAUCUACAUCAUUGGCCCCGACAGCAUCUCGAGGCCCCGGGUCCAGCGCUCUCUCACAGCCUCUCUGAGGCGCCACCGAAGGGACCUGGUGGACCCCCGAGGCUGGUUGUCUCUUGAUGACUCCCUCAUCUAUGACAAUGAAGGAGACCAAGUCAAGAACGGCACCAACAUGAAGUUCCUGAACCUAGAGAUGCAGGAGCCCAUCGUAGCUGCCUCCCUGUCCCAGACUGGAGCAUCGAUUGGCAGUGCCCUGGCCGCUAUUAUGCUCCUCCUUCUGCUGUUGCUGGUGGCCUGUUUCAUCACCAGAAAAUGCCAGACACAGAAAAAGAAGCAGCCCCCAGAGGACACUCUGGAGGAAUACCCCCUGAAUACUAAGGUGGACGUAGCCAAGAGAAGCACGGACAAGGUGGAGAAGAAUGUCAACAGACAGUACUGCACCGUGCGCAAUGUCAACAUCCUGGGUGACUGUGAGGGCUCGUAUACAUUCAAAGGUGCUAAAGUCAAAAAAAUGAAUCUGGAAGUCAGAGUCCACAACAAUUUACAAGACGGAACAGAAGUUUAACGAGAAGACCCAUGUAUAUUUUUUUUUCUAAACUCAUUUUGAUAAAACAGGGAGAAAUACUGGUAUUUUUAUAAUCCUUCAGAUUAAAAAAAAAAAAGGGAAAGUUAGCUUUGAGUGGUGAACAGCACACAUCGCAUGCGUAGAACUCACAACUGAGCUACCUCAGGAAAUAGAACCACCGAGACCCCCAGAGUAGCGGAGCAGAGCUAGCUAUGCACACAGGUCCCCGUAACCGUCUCAGUGGCUGCACAGCGUAACGCUGUAAGGCUGGGCACAGAGGUGCUUUAGGAUUAGGAUAGACACUGGACUUUUAGGUUUACCGGUCAAAUCAAGAGUGCUGGACACAGUGUGGGUAGCAGAUAUCUGAGCAUACAGAGCCUUUGUUUUUUGUUUUUUUGUUUUUUGUUUUUUAUUUCUUUGCCCCCAGCUUUCUACUGUGUGGGCUUUUCUGGACUUCUGGGCAGCAGAGUACAGCCUGCUGACAGAUUCCAUUAAGAAUUCUAAUCGGUGCCACUUAGACAUUUGGGCAUUGUUUCCACUUGAUGUCCUAUGUAUCCUGCCCUCUGAGUAUACUUGGCUUCUCUAGAGGUCUUUUUGAAUGAGGAUCUCAACAUGCUUUAGACUGGAGUGCGUAUCCAUUACUUAAAAUCGGGGAGGGCUCAAGUCAGGGCCCUGAACAGUGCUGCGAAAUACCACAGUCUUGGCGUGCCAGAGAUGCUUUAAAAACCAGCCACAUUUCCCCCGCUUCCCCAGACCUUCUGCGGUGCAGCAAUGCAGCAGGAACCCGUGUGCUUUGGGUCUUUAGUUUUGUGAGCGUUUCUGGGAAGUAAGUAAAUCAUUUGGAUAAGCAAGUUCACUAGAAGCUGGAGUGAAACCAGAGUUUAUAGAUACACAUGGGGCCUGUUCGCUGUCUGUCACACAGCGCAUAGAGGCACUGUCCCUGGCACUGUAGUUCUGGGACUUCUCUCCGGGGGUUCUUUUCUGGUAGCUCAGGCGCUUUAUUUCCCCAUAUCAGUUCACGACAAGGCCACAAACCUGUGGCUUUUACAUAGCGUAGUGUUCGAACACCAACUUGAAUAUUCUGCGUGUGGUGUGCACACAACUUGCCUUUUUUCCCUUCUCAUUUCUACCUUACUGGCCAAACAUUAGGUGUGCGCAUUGUGUUUUCAGCCAGAGGCCCAGUCCCACGAGCCAGCAGUGAGCGCUGUUCGGGCGCCGGGCACACCCUACCACUGAGCAAAUAUCACAGCAUCCGCCUUGUGUUGUAUUUGUAUGGAAACGACCCAAACUCUUUGAGAACAUUCCAGACUCCUCCCAAAAAUCUAGAAUGAGUGAACCAUGAGAAAUGGACAGACCACUCUGCAGCCCCAAAGCUUGAGCACAGAGCCUGUGCCAGCCACACCUCGUUCUUCAGCAGUGCCUUGCCCGUUACCAGCAUGCCUGGGAUGUUUGCUGAGUGGGGUGAAUGGAUGGUGUGACGGGUGAGUGGCAGCGAUUAGGCGCAGGACGGAGGUGAGCAAGUCUGCAGGCAGUGUUACAGGGCAUGUAGAAGUUCUCUCUGUUGUACUUGAUUGGAUUGGGAAAUAGUCCUCCAAUGGGGAGAGUGAGGGGGGAAGCACAUUUUUAGGUGGGCAUGACUGGUGGGGGUCCCGAGGAGGCAGGAAUAGAAAAGACUGCAGUCAUGUGUGAGCUGUGUGCUGGCAUCUAGAACAGAUUAGGGGGAAGCCGAUUUCACGUUCUGAGGGUAGUGCGGUGUGUUCGGGAGAGUGUGUGUUGGACUGAGCCCAGCCGGACAUUCCUGGCUGCUCAGGUGCUGCUGCAAACCAGCUUCUAUAAUUCAGGGCAGAAAUUCUGGAAUAGCCUCAAGAAUCUGGAAUUGAUACCCAUCUCAUGUGGCAAAGCUAGUGAGCCAGGCACUAAAUCUCCAGGGCAACCCAGAGGGCUUGAGCAAGGACAGGGAGCCGGUCUUCUGUAGAGCAGCUUUCCAUCCCCACUUGGCCCCUUACUGCUCACACCUCCCGGUGGUGGGAUUCACACAUUAGAGAAGCAAAUUCCCACGGGCUCCUAUGUGCUGCUCACACACACCUUCCUUCACAGCCGGAGGGACAUGGAUGGGUGAGGAGGUGACAGAAAGAGCCCAGUGGGGGAAGGAGGACUGAACCCCGAGGCCUUCAGGUACAGGGUGGGGAGUGACAGAGACAGCCUGUGCAUGCCCACAGGACGUGGGCGUGGUUAACUCUUGAAGGAAAAGCUCCUGAGAUUGCCCUGCCUCCCUGCUGCUCCCCUGGCCACUCCAGACAUCUAUGAGAAGCCAGCUCUUCUCUAAUGGAUGCCCACUUUUUCCACAUAAAGCGUUGAGAGGUGCGAGGCUGAGAUUUGCCCCAUGGGUGUCGAACUGUUCAUUUGUGUUUUCUAUUUCAUCUUUGGGGUUGGAUAGUUUGAUGACUACUGCGGAUUCUAUUUCAGUGAAAGCUCCACUUUCCACGUUUCUUACUUAUUCACGAAUGCCUUGUGUGUGCUUUACUAACCUUUUCUAUCGUACCCUCAGGUGGGAAGGCAUGGAAAAACUCGCAGCAAGAUUGCUCCUUGCUGUCAGACGCUGGCUGGGAAGGCCAAAAGAAACCGUUGUCAGCACCGUUUUUCUGCCUUGCCUGCCCCCUUAUUGUACCAGGGUCUUCUGAAAGCUCCUGCAGGUUCCUCCCUUUGGAUAGGAAAUUGUGUAGGGAAGCGUUCGCACAGUCUUAACUAUCACGCCCAGUCUCCUGUAGGUAUUUGUUACCCCUGGUUAGUUCUCACCUGCUCAGACUGAGGAAAACAUUUGUGGUGCUGUCAACCUGAGUUCUUGACCCUCAAGUGAUUUUUUUUUAAAUUUCCAGUAUGAAUUUGUGUGUUAUGAAUUUCUGAUUUCUCCAAUAGCACAUGCCACUAUAUAAAUUUGUAUCAAUAAUAAAUGGCAGCCUGGUUGUCUGUUGUUUGCUUUA